UAUUGUUUAAUCAUCACAAACGCACAACGUUGCUGAUGUAAGACUACAAAGCCAAGUUGACAAGGUUUCUUGGUCAGAUGAUAGCAUUGGCGUAAAUCUGAAUAGUGCAGAGAGGGUUUUUUGGGAGAGAGAGAGAUGGCAAGUGAUGGGUAUCUGCCUUUGUUUGAAACAAAGAGUGUUAAGGGGAGGGUCAUAUACAGGCCUUUUGCAGUGACUGUGUUUGUGGGUAUUUGUUUGAUUUGGGUUUACAGAGCGAGUUAUGUGCCAAAGCGAGGAGAAGAUGGAAGAUGGGUUUGGUUUGGAUUGCUUGUAGCUGAGCUUUGGUUUGGUCUUUACUGGCUCCUCGCUCAAGCCCUCAGGUGGAACCAGGUCCAUCGGUGCACCUUCAAGGACAGGCUUUCUCAGAGAUAUGAGAAUGACCUGCCAAGCGUAGAUGUGUUUGUGUGCACGGCAGACCCCACGAUUGAGCCACCUAUAAUGGUGGUCAACACUGUUUUAUCUGCCAUGGCAUACAACUACCCUCCUGAGAAGCUUAGCGUGUAUCUCUCUGAUGAUGCUGGAUCUGACCUCACAUUCUAUGCUCUCCUGGAGGCAUCAGAAUUUGCUAAACAUUGGUUACCAUAUUGCAAGAAGUUCAAUGUGGAGCCAAGGUCGCCCGCAGCUUACUUUUCCUCAGUUAUAGCAGACCCACAUGAUGCUAGUUGGCCUAAAGAGUUUAUGAAAAUCAAGAGAUUAUAUGAAGAAAUGGAGAACCGGAUCAAAACUACUGUCAAGCUAGGUCGAAUCUCUGAAGAAUUGCUCUCAAUGCACAAAGGGUUUUUAAAGUGGGAUAAAUAUGCUUCUCAAGGUGAUCAUGACACCAUUCUUCAAAUAUUACACGAUGGAAGAGACAAAAAUAUCAAAGAUACUGAUGAGUGUGGAUUGCCAACUCUGGUGUAUUUGGCUCGAGAGAAAAGACCCCAGUACCAUCACAAUUUCAAAGCUGGAGCCAUGAAUGCAUUGAUCAGGGUGUCAUCAAUAAUUAGCAAUGGGCAGAUUCUCCUAAAUGUUGAUUGUGAUAUGUACUCGAACAACUCAGAUGCUAUCAGGGAUGCACUUUGCUUUUUUAUGGAUGAAAAGAAGGGUCAGGAAAUUGCAUUUGUUCAGUUUCCACAAAACUAUGAAAACAUCACUAAGAAUGACCUAUACGGUAAUUCAAUGACAACAAUAGCUGAGGUUGAAUUCCAUGGUUUGGAUGGUUAUGGAGGCCCCCUAUAUAUUGGGAGUGGAUGCUUUCACAGGCGAGAUAUAUUAUGCGGAGGGUUAUUUGCCGAUGAUGGUAAAAGCGAAUGGAAGACAGAAAAGAAUACAAAGAGAACAGAAAGCGUACACGAAUUAGAGGAAACAUCGAAGGGUCUUGCCAGCAGCACAUAUGAGCAAAAAACUCAGUGGGGAAAGGAGUUGGGUUUGAAAUAUGGGAGUCCUGUGGAAGAUGUGAUCACAGGAUUAUCUAUCCAAUGCAAAGGAUGGAAAUCAAUGUAUUUCAAUCCUGUAAGAAAAGCAUUUUUAGGGGUUGCACCUACCACCCUGCCUCAGGUACUAGUGCAACACAAGAGAUGGUCAGAAGGUGAUUUUCAGAUUUUAUUUUCCAAGUACAGCCCUGCAUGGUAUGCACUUGGAAAGAUCAGUUUAGGCCUCCAGAUGGGUUAUUGUCGCUACUGUCUCUGGGCUCCUAACUGCCUCGCAACGCUAUAUUAUUCGAUCAUUCCUUCACUUUAUCUCCUAAGAGGCAUACCCUUGUUUCCGCAGAUAUCAAGCCCUUGGUUUGUACCAUUUGCAUAUGUGGUAUUAGCUAAUUACACAUACAGCCUAACUGAGCAUCUGCUCUCUGGUGGCACAAUCCGGGGUUGGUGGAAUGAACAACGGAUAUGGCUCUAUAAAAGAACAAGCUCCUACCUCUUUGCCUUCAUUGACACCAUUUCAAGGUCGCUGGGAUUUUCAGAUUCAGGAUUUGUAAUCACAGCCAAAGUUUCCGAGGAAGACGUGUUGCAACGAUACAAGGAAGAGAUUAUGGAGUUUGGAAUUUCCACUCCAAUGCUCACUGUAUUAGCUUCACUUGCAUCAAUCAAUUUAUUUUGCUUUGUUGGAUUGGUGAAGAAGGUGGCUUUGGGUCACAGCAUGAUCUACAGACUCUCUGAGACUAUGGUUUUGCAGAUUAUACUAUGUGGAGUUUUGGUUCUCAUCAACUUGCCUUUGUACCAAGGACUUUUCCUGCGGAAGGGUAAGAGUAAGAUACCAAGCACAAUUAUCCUGAGGUCUACUGCAUUUGGUCUUUUUGCUUGUACCUGUUUUACAGUGCUGUAUUGAUUGUUUUUGAUCAAGUAUUUUUGUAAAUUUCAUUCCAUAAUAGAAUGAAUCAAUUAGACAACUUGUUUCUUU